AUGGCAUGGAUACCAUUUGUGCUCACAUCUUCACAGAUUUUAAGCUCAACAGGGGUCAGGAUAGCAUUUAUGGCUGAUGUGCACCUUGAUCUGAGGUCUGGUACUGCCGAUAAGUCUAACUCCUCAGCUUGUUGUGCUUUUCAGUCCCUUAUCUUAAAAAGAGUCAUACCCCCUAUACUUCUUAUGGAGGCCGUCUGUGACAUCAAAGGGAACAUUGUGGCCUUCGUCAUGUUUGCCUUUGAAUCGAAGACCUGGAAGCCAAACUCCAUCUACCUGGCAAAUAUGGCUAUGGCUGACUUAUUGGUUCUCUUUUUCAUGCCAUUCCGAGCCGACUACUACAAGAGGGGCCAGCACUGGAUAUUCAGAGAUGUUUUCUGUCGCAUCCUGCUCUGCCUUGUUUCAGCCAGCAGGGCAGCCAGCAUUUUUUUCCUCACUGCCGUGGCUGUGGAUUGCUACCUGAAGAUCAUGCACCCAUUACAUCGUCUAAAUAGAAUGAACCUAAAUUACGCCAUGUGGGUCUGUGCAGGCCUAUGGGCUUUGGUUAUAAUUUUUACAAUUGAUUUGCUGGGAUUUCCAAACUUUUUUAAUGUAGGUAACCACAUUGAGAGCUUCAAUAUAUGCUUGGACAACAGCCCGCUUUAUAUCUGGCAAAAUACCUUCUAUGUGAUCCAGUUCUGUGUGCCAGGUAGCAUCAUCGUUUUCUGCACAGCCUGCAUUACAUGGCAGCUGAAAACAAAAACAAUGGACACCACGGGGAAGAUCGAGAGGGCCGUCCAGUUCAUUUAUAUUGUUGCUGUGGCCUUUUUCUUCUGCUUCUUCCCAAGCACUGCCUCAAGGGUUGCUAUUUGGAUCCUGAAUAUCUGGUACCAUGACUCUUCAUUCUACAGUGAGGCAAAUAUAGUUUUUUAUAUAUCACUUUGCUUCACCUAUUUCAAUAGCGUACUAAAUCCUCUGAUUUAUUACUUCUUUAGUCCUGCAUAUAGUGGAACACUGUUAUAUUGGGACAAUUUUUAA